CAGCUGUGGCGGCGUGCUCGCGCUGCUGAGACAGGCAGAGCACUGAGGACCGUGCGCGCGCUCACAGACUCCCUCUCAGCCACACGCACACUCCCCAAACAAAGAGAAGCACGCGAGGCAGCACAGCAUCCCACCCUUUCAGCCGCGAGCUCACUAGCAGAACCGCCUCCCCCCAUCCCUCUCACACAGAACCGGUCCGGUCCAAGGCUCGAGCGCACAGAACCGACAAUGACAACUAACGGCGCGACUAACGGAACCAGCGACAUGCUGCAGAUCCAGUUCGGUCUCAUCAACUGCGGGAACAAAUACCUAACGGCAGAGACCUUCGGCUUCAAAAUCAACGCCUCCGCCUCGAGCAUGAAGAAGAAGCAGAUCUGGACUCUGGAGCAGAGCGGCGACGACUCCACCGGGAAUGUGUUCCACCUCAAGUCACAUCUGGGCCGGUACAUCGCCGCAGAUAAGGACGGGAACGUUACCGGAGACAGCGAGACCCCGGGCCCGGAGUGCCGGUUCGUCAUCACCGCCCAUGAUGACGGCCGCUGGUCCCUGCAGUCCGAGCCGCACGGGCGCUACCUGGGCGGCACCGAGGACCGGAUCAUCUGCUUCGCCCAGACCGCCUCUGUGGCGGAGAAAUGGAGCGUGCACAUCGCCAUGCACCCGCAGGUGAACCUCUUCAGCAUGACGCGCAAGCGUUACGCGCACCUGAGCGGCAAAGUGGACGAGAUUGCCAUCGACCGGGACGUCCCGUGGGGGGUGGACUCCAUGAUAACGCUGGUGUUCCGCGAGCAGCGCUACCACCUGCAGACCUCCGACAACCGCUUUCUGAGGAACGACGGCGAGCUGGUCGCCACCACGGACAAGAGCACGGGCUACACGCUGGAGUUCCGCUCCGGCAAGGUGGCGUUCAGGGACUGUAGCGGCAGGUAUCUCGCGCCCUCUGGGCCCUCCGGUACCAUGAAGUCCGGGAAGAGCGCGCGCGUGGGCAAGGACGAGCUGUUCGUGCUGGAGCAGAGCCACCCGCAGGUCGUGCUCACCGCUGCCAACGAGAGGAACGUCUCCACCCGGCAAGGUAUGGACCUGUCAGCCAAUCAGGACGAGGAGGGCGACCAGGAAGUGUUCCAGGUGGAGAUUUGUCGCGAAAACCGGAAGUGUGCUUUCCGGACCGCCGCUGGGAAAUACUGGACCCUGACUGCUAACGGCGGCCUGCAGUGCACCGCCUCCACCAAGUCAGCUAAUUGCUACUUUGACAUUGAGUGGCGUGGGAAGAGGCUGACUCUCCGGGCUGCCAAUGGGAAAUACGUCGCCGCCAAGAAAAACGGCCAGCUAGCAGCAACCAUCGACUCUGCCGGUGAGUCCGAGGAGUUUCUCAUGAAGCUGAUUAACCGCCCGAUCAUCGUGCUGCGUGGGGAGCAUGGCUUCAUCGGCUGCAGGAAGGUGACGGGUACGCUGGACUCCAACCGCUCCUCCUAUGACUACUUCACCCUGGAGUUCAGAGACGGCGCCUACAGCCUGCAAGACUCCACGGGGAAAUACUGGAUGGUGGGUAACGAGCAGUCGGUGGUGAGCAGCAGCGACACGCCCGUCGACUUCCUCUUUGAGUUCUGCGACUACAACAAGCUGGCCGUCCGCCACGCCGCCGACAGCAAGUACCUCCGCGGCGACCACGCCGGCGUGCUGAAGGCCAACGCCGACGACCUGGAGAGCGCCACGCUUUGGGAGUACUGAGGGAAGCGGGGGGGAUGCGGCCGCCCACUGCUGCGAUGCUGAUGAAUGAAGUGUGGCGACCGGCACAGCCCGUCCCUUGCAUCUCUACCUAUCCACAUCCCCCACUCCCCCCCUCCCCCGCCGUUCCUCAUAUUAUAGCCUGUACUUAUGACUUUACAUGUUGAUGAACUGCACACAGAGAACAGGACGGAUGGAAGAAGAAAGGAAGGAGACACUCCUUUUCUCUCCUGCCUCCCUUUCCUUCCCUAUACGCUUCCCUUCCCACCUCUGCAGCGCCAACCUUUAUCUGUUGCCAUAGUUACGGUGGGGCUGUGCACUUUUUCUGCUCCGAUCUGGUUCGCUGCUCGACCCGUCACUCGCUCCUUCCUCCUCGCCUUGCGAUUAAGCCGUCCCUCUCCCAGAGCAGAGCCACGUUUUAAAGAGCCCCCUCCUCCCCCUCCCACGUCUCUCUAUUGUCUGUGUGAGCAGCACGUGGUGGCAGUAUUUAUGGUAUCCGACCUGGUCUGCUAGAUCUGUUUCUACCUGAUUUAAUCUCUGCAAAACAGAUCCACCAUCACCGGAUAGACUCUCCGUCAGCUGCUUCCUGUCAGCUGGAGACACGACGGCGGGUCUGUUUUUGUCCGGUUGCGUCACGUAGAAACUUACCUUCUUGCUCCUAUCAGACCAGGCCCGGUUAGUUUGUUUUCAUGAGUAGGCCCUGAUGCCUCUGUGUGAUGUAAUGACUAUGUGAUAUAACUGGAGUGGAUCGGAUGAUGAUGAUAAAGAUAUUGAAGAUGGUGUAACCUCCCCCCAACCCCUUAUUCAUCUCAAGUGUAAAAUAUUCAAAUGUAAACUAGUUUACUGUGUUGUUCUCUAGCUGUGUUUUCAUUGGUUUGCCAGGGAUUUUCCAAAACCAAACAGGAUGUAGGAAGUUACCCCCCCCCCCCCCUCCCAUCACCCCACCACACUCUAAACCUAUUGUCCCGAGAACAGCAUAAAGAAAAUAGAAAUGGUGCGGCCACAUACUGUAUGUUUACUGCACUCACCUGUACUUACUGGGAGAGGAAAAAAAGCACUCCCUGAUACACAGUUGGAUUUCUUUUUCUUUCUACGUCCAAGGCACAGACAUUAUCAUCAUAGCAUCUGGGUGAAAUGAUUUAUAGACCCUUUUGAAAGCUGCUUUUUGAAUCCUUUAACUAAAACCCAGACCUCAGCCUUUACCUAGACCAAACCUUUGAUACUGGAAUAACCGAUCAUCUCGCACACAACUGACCAAACUGGAACCUGGUGCUACUAACCCAUGACAUGUUCAGAAAUGUUACAGUCCCGUCGAGCAUUUCACACACUGUCUGGACCAACAGAUGGCGAUUACAUGCUGCGUCCCUGCCCCUGCACUUGAGAGCUUUGCCAUAUAACCCGAAGGGGCUGAAAGAGUGCCCUUAAUAACCUAAAUCUGCUUCUUCUUUAGUUUUAAUUUCUGUCUGAGCUUUUGCGAAGUAUCCUGGCAGCCUUUACAAUGAGUUUGUGUUUGUUUGAUUUUUCUGUCCCUGACUUGUCAGUGAAGUUGGAGAAGGCAUACUUUUGGAAAAAAAAAGAAAAGAAGAAGACUUUAAAUUUGUCGUCUAUUGAAAUUAAAUGUCUGUUAUAUAGCACAAUGCGCCUAGGGGUCCUGCCCUCUCUGACUCUACACCCUUCAGCUUUCUCCAUAACACAAUAAGCAUUGGUUUCUGUCUACUGAUUUUUAUAAUACAGCAAAGAUUAUCUUGGCACUGAUUAUGAUUGGGCUCUUCCAUCUAUCAUCAGCAUCAUCAUCUAGCAUUCCUCUGAUGUGAAAAUCAGUAUGGAAAACCAAUCAUUGUAGCUCCGUGAAAUGAUACAUGAUUGUAGCCGACUCCUCAACAAGUCCGACCAAUUUUCUCUCAGAAGUUUCGAGCGUUUGGGAAUAUCAAGUGAAUACAAGGAGCGGUUGUCCUCAGAGAAGCCUGCGUCUCCAAGGUAACCAAGACCAAGGCUUUAGACAAACGGAUGUGGAAGGUUAAACAUGUGGUAAUGACUGUGCCUUACUCUUGAGUUUUUGGGCAGUAGGAAAAUAAAAGAUUAAAAAAAAAAAGAAAAGAAUCCACAUCUUUGCUUUGUAUAACUGGAACUUCUUUUUGUAUUAUUUUGUAUAAUUUUUUUUUUUGAUAUUGUGGAUUAACCUCUCUCUCGUGCCAUUGGUUCACCUGAAAUCCAACGACCAAUAAAACUGGGAUUUGGAA